AUGCAGCUGCUCCUGCUGACGGCCGGGCUGGGCCUGCUCUCUGUGCUGGGAGCCCAGGGCCCUCAGCUGACCCCUGCCCACGCUCAGGAGCUUGUAGGCCGAUGGCACAUCAAGCUCUGGGCAGGGACCUUGCGCAUUCCCGCCCACAAGAGGAGCCACCCGCUGCCUCCCUUCACCUUGGCCAUGAACCGGCUCCAGAAGCUGGAAUUCAGGAUGAACCUCACGAAGCCCAUUGGAUGUGUCCUUUAUAAGCUGCCCCUGGACUUCCAGUCCUCUCCUGGCAUCUUCAACACCUGGUGGCGCCACCUCAUCUACAUCAGCUUCCUGCCGGGGAAGGAGCACGCCAUCGCCUACUUCCAGGUCAAGGUGGACACCAUCAACCACUACAUGAUGAUGCUCAUGGGCCGCAGCCUGGAUGAAGACCCGGAGGCCGUAAGGACCUUCGAGGAGUUCGCGGAGAGCAAAGGGCUGAACCGAACCGACAUCGCCAGGCCCCCUCCCCUCGAAGCCUGCGAGCUGCCCCCAGACUCUUAG